UGUCAGAACCCUGCUACUAGAGCCUGGAUGUGGCUCUGAGUUUCAGGGUCACUGACAUUGAUAAGACACCUGCGUCCCAGGACUCGGAGGAGAAACGGCUGAUGGACUUGGCGGGGAAUUUGCGCGGGGUUUUACUGAGCGGGAAGAGACUGUUCAAAUGAGGGGGAGGGUAUAUAAAGGAGGGUUGGCCGGAGCCUCCCAUUCUUGGCUUUUCUGAUGUUCAUGUUUCCUACAGUAAAAGUUCCUGGUGAUACCACAAAGAGUCUCGUGUGUUCAUUCAGGAGCGGCUGUGGUGAGCUGACACUAAGCCAAGAAUACGGACACCAUCCCGCUGUAGCGGUGAGGUGUAACAUGCAAGUGGAGGAUGAAGAGCUCUUGGGCGCCGGAGGAGGAAGGUCGGAAAGGGCCACUCCCGAGACGGACGCUGAGUUCCACCAGCUGGCGGCCCUGGCGUCAUCCACCGCUUAUGCCCAGCCAAAUGGGGUAACCCAGAGGCGCGGAGUGGUGCGGGGAGAUAGCACCGGAGGAGAGGAAGGUUCACCUUCCCCAGGCCCGCAAAAGAUGGUGUUUCUGGAGGAGAGGAUGUCGGCGAUGGAGACCACCCUGGCAGUGAUGUCGAGGGCGAUGGAGCGCCUGGCGGUUUUGGCGGAGCCGGAGCGAGGAAGGGAACUCCGGGCUAGCUCAAUGUGGGACGUGAGCAUGGGAAGCAGCCAGGGCUUUGCAGACCUCCCAGCACCGAAGGGAAGGGAAAUGCGAAAGGAGCCCGGUGCCCGGCCCAAGAUCCAAACGAGCCUGACGCGGGUGGAGGAGAGUGACGACGAAGGGGAAAAGCCUCCGAGAAUCCCGGCUACGCUCCCAACUGAGACCCUGGUGCCCCUGGCGAAUGCCGGGCGUGGCACAGGACAAAGGGAAGCAGCAGCGGGGCCCACUGGCCCGCAAGGGGGCUUGCGACGGGCGGAGGAUUGGGGAUUGCCACCACAGGGACCCCUACCGAGACGAGAGGAACUAAGGAUCGAGUUUGGGGGAGAGUCCUCUGAACUGGAUUUUUUCCUGACCACGGUGAGGGGCUAUAUGGAGGACAAUGCCCACACUUUUAGAACGGAAUCCAGCCGGGUACGGGCCAUUGGUGCAGUGUUGAAGAGGGGAGCGGCCAGCUGGUACGUUCAACUACACGCGCGGCGCGACCCAUGUCUGGGGUCACUCCGACGCUUUAUGGGGGCCCUGGAGACCCGUUUCCGAGAUCCACUGGAGCAGAUCCGGGCGAGGGAGGAGUUGAAGACCGUCUCCCAGGGGCAGAGGUCGGUAUCUGAGUAUGCGGAGGAGUUCCAAUGCCUCGCUGAAAAGGUGCCGGAAUGGUCUGCAGUGACAAAGAUAGAACUCUUCAAAGAGGGGCUCAGGCGGGAGAUCCUCUCCUGGGCGGUGCAUCGUGAUGAGCCUGACACACUGCGCGGAUGGAUUCAGCUGGCGGGGCGCAUCGAGACAUCGCUGGCCCAGGCGAGGAGGCACCGAGGAGGGCUACAGCAGCGGCCGCAGAUGAAAGAGGGGAGCCGGAAGGAGGGAUCAACCCCAGCCGGGAGGAGAACGGAGCCGACAGGGAACGUGAGCACCAGCAGGAGGGGCUGCUUCGUGUGCGGCCGUUUGGGCCACAGGGCUGCCGAGUGCUGGCAGAGAAAAGGGGAAGGCGGAGGCCCGCCCAAACCAAGAGCCGUGGCAGGGAAACGCGCCGAGGAAGAACCACCGAUGAGGCACCACUCGGGGGGGUUGGACGAAGGGGAGGAGGACGCCAUGUCAGAACCCUGCUACUAGAGCCUGGAUGUGGCUCUGAGUUUCAGGGUCACUGACAUUGAUAAGACACCUGCGUCCCAGGACUCGGAGGAGAAACGGCUGAUGGACUUGGCGGGGAAUUUGCGCGGGGUUUUACUGAGCGGGAAGAGACUGUUCAAAUGAGGGGGAGGGUAUAUAAAGGAGGGUUGGCCGGAGCCUCCCAUUCUUGGCUUUUCUGAUGUUCAUGUUUCCUACAGUAAAAGUUCCUGGUGAUACCACAAA